AUGAACGUUCAAGAGAUUACUAACGAAGAGAUAGUGCAUAAACAGGUAUAUUGGGGACAUGCCAGUGGUGGGAACGGCGGACAGGGCCAGCAGGAACAACCGAUUGAGAUUUCGUAUCCUACCACAGAAGUGGUGGGUCGCGGAUCGUUUGGGGUGGUAUUCACCACUACGAUCCAGCAGUCGGGCGAGAUGGUUGCGAUCAAGAAGGUGCUGCAGGAUAGGAGAUUCAAAAAUAGAGAGCUGGAGAUUAUGAAGUUGUUGCAACAUCCGAAUGUGAUAGAUUUGAAAUAUUAUUUUUACGAGAAGGAUCCGCAUGGCGAAGUGUAUCUAAAUUUGAUUCUCGAUUACAUGCCGCAAUCGUUGUAUCAGAGGCUGCGUCAUUUUGUUCAUUUGACUAGUAUUAUGCCGCGAUUGGAGAUCAAAUGCUACAUGUACCAACUGUUCAAGGCAUUGAAUUAUUUACACCAUCAUGCAAACGUUUGUCACAGGGACAUCAAACCGCAGAAUUUGCUGGUGGAUCCGCAAACAUGGGAAUUGAAACUGUGUGAUUUCGGCAGUGCCAAACAAUUGAAACCUACGGAGCCAAACGUUUCGUACAUUUGUUCUCGUUACUAUAGGGCUCCCGAGCUGAUCUUUGGGGCUACCAACUAUUCAAAUCAGAUCGAUAUCUGGUCAAGCGGUUGUGUCAUGGCCGAGCUCUUGUUGGGUCAGCCCAUGUUCCCCGGCGAGAGCGGUAUCGACCAACUGGUGGAAAUAAUCAAGAUCCUAGGGACUCCUUCGAAACAAGAAAUUUGUGCUAUGAACCCCAAUUAUAUGGAACAUAAGUUCCCACAGAUAAAGCCGAUCCCGUUGUACAAAGUGUUCAAGAAAGAGGAUGAUGCGACGGUUGAAUUUCUGAUCAACAUGCUGAAAUACGACCCGCUGGAACGUUUCAACUCCUUGCAAUGUUUAUGCGCCCCGUAUUUUGACGAAUUGAGGUUUGCUACAGACGACCUAAAGCAAGUCGUCGAUAAUUUAAAGCUGCUAGCGUUCGACUACGAGACAGAGUUGGGUCAUCUGACUGAAGAUCAAUUAGCUGCUGUAAAAUUAAAAUUGAUGCCAAGUAUAAUAUGA